AUGGCUACUCACCUUGCAGCCGUCUUCCUCGCCCAAGGCCAAAGGUUCGAGAUCCAGUCCCGUUCUACGCCAAACCCAGGUCCAGGCGAGCUCCUCAUCGCCGUCAAGUCUGUAGCCCUCAACCCAGCAGACGGAAUCAUGCGAAAGGACGGCCGAUUUAUUUCCAAGUACCCCACCAUCAUCGGGUUCGAUGUCUCUGGCUUAGUUCUCGAGGUUGGUGAUGGCGUCCCGACUGGUGACGAUGUUGCAUCGGGUAUCUCCUUUCACCCGGGCAUCACCCACGUGGCCGCAUACGCAGCCUGGAUCUGGAAGGCGAGCGACCCCGACUAUGGUGUCUUCCAGGAACGGUGUCUCGUCCCUUGGCAGCAUUCAGUUCCACUGCCAGACGAUAAUAUGUCCUGGAACGAGGCCGUAGCCUUGUCUGUGGCUGUCCAGGUCGCUCUCAGUGCGUGGGAUGGCCUGGGCUUCCCUCGGCAGUGGGGGACACCCGCUUCUACUGAUGCGGGUCCCAUUGAAAAACCAUACGACGAGGCCACCAACCCUAAAGAGGCACUCCUCAUCUGGGGUGCAUCUUUUAGUGUUGGUACCAUGGGUGUGCAGAGCGUACGAUUGAUGCGGGAAAACUCGAACUCCUUAAUUGCCGCAGUGUAUGCGACGGCCGGGUCCGCGAACAAGUCGUACAUCGCCUCACUCGGUGCAGACCGUGUGUUUGACUAUAAAGAUCCUAGUGUCGUGGACGCAAUCACUUCUGCAGCCAAGGAAGAUGAACUGGUGAUCCGGCACUGCUAUCUCGCCACCAGGCAGCUGGCGCCUUGUCAGGCAGUGCUCAAAUCUUUUUCUCAGCUAUAA